AUGUUCGAGGAUCAUUGGUACCAGCACUCAGCUCCGGCAGUCCCUGAGGCUCCAAAAAUGCGCCGGCAGGAACCAAUAAAGAAACAAUCCCCUGCUCGACCAUCUUUGGAAAGAACUUCUUCGAAUCUCUUAAAGAAGUCUACCGAGCAGCAACAAAAAAAUCCAGCCCCGGAAAUCCCAAUAGCCACUAUUCCGCGGAGACCCAAAUCCUAUGGAGAUCUUAGGGUGCUAGUGCAAGAUAAAUUUGUAUUACCGGGUAUCAAGGGGGAUGUAAAUCAUGAUGUUCGGGAACUUCCUCCAAGACCAAAGUCACGGAAUGAUCUCGAGGGUGCUAGGAUCGCAAGAUAUGGACAUAAGGCUUCAAAUGGGACAUACAAGGGCUCAAUUAUAACACGAGAAAUCAAGGAUGAAUUGGACUUUGCAGAUUGGUAUAAACAAUUUGAAGAUGACCUUCAAGGCUCCAAUAGUGAAUACCAACUAUUUCACUCUACCCUCCAGUCGCACCUCACAACCUGCAACUCGCUCAUAUCUACAACAGAUACAACUCUCUCUCUCUUGAAUACCCUCCAAUCCUCUUUCCGCACCGUUCACGCCCAAACCUCCACUUUUCAAGAAACAUGUUCCAGCCUGCUUUCCCAUCAAUUUCACUUAGAAAAGCUCCUUUCUUCUAUAUCAACCGCAUUACAUCCCUUCACGGAGCUAGAACCUAUUACUCGUCUUCUUGCCCGCCCAGGAAGCGAUUUUGUGAAGACCCCGGCGUUUAGGGAGAUGCUGGUUUUCACGAUGUCGAGACUUAUGCGCCAAAGUUUAGACAAUGAAAGGCAGAUGAACGAUACAACCCAAAGUGCGCUGUUAUAUGCAAAGUUCAGGGUCAAUGCACCUCUUCUGCGGGAGUUGGUGGGUGAGAUUGAGAAGAGGUGUGAUCAUGAGGAGUAUUUGUCAUUACUAAACGAGUGCUAUCAUUCCUUUGCUUCGGUUCGACAGAAGCUUAUUGGACCGAUCAUUUACAAGCGUAUGACUGAGCUGUCAGCACCAACUAAUACAAAGAAUAAGGAGCUGGUACCAUUCGCAAGGAGUGGGAUCAGUUUCGUGAGGAGUAUCUGCAUGGAUGAAUUUGAGCUAUUCUACGCAUAUUUCUCCGGAGAGCAAGGAGACAGCGAGGUCUAUACUUUCUUGGAAUCUUUGUGCGAACCCCUCUAUGAUCAUCUUCGACCCCGUAUAAUCCACGAAACGCAGCUAGUAAAGCUCUGCGAACUUUGUACAUUAAUCCAAACUCGCUAUAUGCGAGACAUUGAUGAUCUAGAUACAGAGCCUUACGAUCGUACGCAGCUUGACUUCGGCCAAAUAAUUCAGCCCACUCUCCACGAUACCCAAUCUCGCAUUGUCUUCCGUGCACAGACAAUAAUACGCGAUGAAAUUGAAGGAUUCACACCUAAACCUGAAGACCUAGACUAUCCCGCGAAGUUUCAAUCACCCUCUAGAGAGGGGACCGCGAGUCCGAACGCACAAAAGAUAAUAGACCGCCAUGAUGACCCUGCUGGUACGAACGGUAAUGGGGGGUUCGAUACAGAAGCAGCGUAUAAAGGCUGGUACCCUACACUACGCAAGUGCAUUUGGCUACUCUCUCGGAUCUAUCGACUCGUCAAUUCAACCGUAUUCGAUGAUCUAGCGCAUACAAUAGUUCACCUCACAACCAUCUCGCUCCUCCGAGCUUCACAACAACUAACACAGAAGAAGACCCCUGCAGAUGGGCACUUAUUUCUGAUACGCCAUUUUCUACUCUUGAAAGAACAGAUUGUCACUUUUGACAUAGAAUUUGUAAAACCAGAUACUCAAAUCGAUUUCUCCGGACUCGCGGGCUCCUUCUGGGAACUGCGCGAGAAGGGUAUAUUCUCACGCACUGGUAUCUUGAACUUGGUCAAGGGUGCUGCAAUGCCGAAAGUGGUCGAAAACAUGUUAGACGCCAAAGUUGAGCUCGACGCGAGGCUGCGGACAGUUAUUGGAGAGUUCACUAAACACUUCGCGGACCGCAUGACAAAUGGGAUUGACGGCCCAUCGAACAGGAUCCGUGCAGCAGCGGGGGCUGAUCCAGCGGCUGAAGUUAGGGCUGCCGUGGAAAGAGAGGUAGUGGUGUUGAGAGCAAAGUUGGUUGAGUAUAUAGAAGACGGAAGGACUCGGGAAACAUUGGUUGGCGCUGUACAGGAACUGGUCAUACAAGCAUAUGAGAGCUAUUACGAGAGCACUUUCUUAAGCGGCAAUCGAAGACCUUCAAGUGGUGGAGUUAUCUGGGAUGCGGAGACCUUUGUAGGGUGGAGUAACGAUGUAUUCGGUGUUGGACUGGGACUGUUAGGAUUUGAUGGACAGGGGGACAGUGAGGAUGGGAGCCCGGAUAGAUCGAGAACAGGAAGCUUAUAA